AUGCUCACAAGAAUUGGGAAAGUCGCCCGAAGAUUCGCAACCUUCAACUGGGAAGACCCGAUUAAUUUAACAUCACUUCUCUCUGAGGAUGAGCAGCUUGUUUACCAAUCAGCCAUCGCAUUUGGCCAAAGCAAGCUGCUUCCUAAAGUCACAAAAGCAUUUCAAGGUGAGCUAGUCGACAAGCAGAUCAUGAAAGAAUACGGAGAGCAAGGAUUUUUAGGCUGCACUCAGACUGACUAUGGUCUUCCAGGAGUAAGCCAAGUCUCAUAUGGCUUAAUGAACCGUGCCAUUGAAUCCAUUGACAGCGGGUAUCGAUCUGCAAUGAGCGUACAAAAUGGCUUGGUCAUCUACCCAAUUAUGGAGUACGCAAAAAAAGAAGUUAAGGACAAGUUUAUCCCUGGCUUGGCUUCUGGAGAUUUAAUAGGCUGCUUUGGACUUACCGAGCCAGAUGCUGGUUCUGACCCAUCAGGAAUGAAAACUCGCUUCGUUAAAAAAGGUGACAAAUAUAUCCUCAAUGGCUCAAAAACAUGGAUCACACAUGCGCCAAUUGCUGAUGUUCUUAUUGUUUGGGCAAGAGAAGAGGGUGGAGACAUUCACGGAUUUUUACUUGAAAGAGGAUUUGAAGGGUUAACCACACCUAAAAUUGAAGGGAAAAUCUCAUUAAGAACUAGUGUUACUGGCAUGAUCAUGAUGGACAAUGUAGCAGUUCCAGAAAGCCACCAUUUACAGGUUACAGGACUGAAAGGGCCAAUGUCAUGCUUAAACCAAGCAAGAUUUGGCAUCGCAUGGGGUGCAUUAGGUGCUGCAGAAUCUUGCUACAAAAUUGCGAGAAAUUAUACGUUAGACCGCAAACAGUUCGGUAAGCCGCUUGCACAAACACAGUUAAUUCAGAAAAAGCUUGCAGAUAUGGCAACAGAACUAUCACUUGGAUUUAAUGCAGUAAUUCAUGUUUCAAGGCUAAAAGAGAAAAAAUUGGUGCUUCCUGAACAGAUCUCAAUGAUCAAAAGAAAUUCAUGUUUGAAAGCUUUGCAAAUUGCAAGAGAUGCCAGAGAUAUGCUAUGCUAAUUAUAAUAAAUGGAAACUUCUCUAUUGAUUACCGUUAUUACCCAGCUCUAUGCUAAAGAAGUUUUCAUUUAUUUAAAUCAGCAUAGGAGGCAAUGGCAUUGUUGACGAAUACCAUGUCAUUAGACAUAUGGUCAAUUUAGAAACUGUCAAUACCUAUGAAGGGACUGCUGAUGUUCACGCCUUAAUCCUGGGAAGAGCAAUUACAGGCUUACAAGCCUUUAAAUAA